UGAUACUAGUUAGCAUUCGUGGUCCUUGAUUUUCCGAUUUGGAACAUUCUCAGUUUCGUCAAGAGUGCAGUCGGUUUAGUUUAUUCUUUCUCCUCACGCAUCUGGUCGACAAUUGAAUUUGGAGAAAUAGUUUUUAAUUUUAUCAAUAUACAAAGCUUCUCGCCAAAGAAAUUACGAACACAUUUGUUUUUGUAGCAACCUCUGGUUUCUCCCUGUGUAUCAGCGUUCAGAUCUUUUUGAGAGUUUUUGUUAGAGUUGUUUUGAAGCAUUUGAAUCUUUAACAAUGUCGUCGGCUUGUUCCCGUUGCUUGAUCCUCGUGGAGACGGUGUUUCUUCUGGGGGCAUUAGCGGCUGGAUUGACGGCUAGCAUCUCCCUGCUGCUCGCUCGGGACGAGAUUCCAGACUCUAACUGCUUACUCUAUGGGACUUUCAACUGGACCGGAGGUGCCGUAGAGGGCGACAAACCAAGAUGUGAUCUGAGUCUGGUCUUCCAGUUUGCUGUGUGCGCGGUGGCGGCCGUAAGCGCCGUCUAUCGGUGCCUUAACAUACCGUGUGAGAAGUUGGACAUAAAAUGCUUCCGCGUGUUGUCGAUUGUGAUCUAUAUUGUGUGUGUGGCGUGCGUGUUGAUUGAGUGCAUCUUGGUCUACUACGGAGUUGUGAGAUUCUGUGAAUCGAUGAUAGAAACCAACUCAGCCCUGCCCGAGGAUUCCAGCUGCGAAGACAACCAACUCGUCUACAAUGAACAGAAUGGAACGGACGUGGAUUUCUACGGUUUCCUCAAAAUGUCCACGAUCGCCUCUUGGGUCUCUCUGGUCACGUGGUUAGCCUUGACAGUCAUCGCGUGCGUCAGCAUGUGUUUCAGAAAAGAUGAGUAUGACGCUUAGAGUCAGCCGUCUAAUGACGUCACCGUGACGUCAGAGUACGUAGAAUAAAGUGGAUAAUUUAGACAGAAGGCUGUGCUGAACUUCAAGUCUAACCACGAAGAUACGUCAUCGAGAAAGUCAUCAACAAGAAAUAUGUCACAUUAUGUUAUUUAUGAUUUUAGGUAAAUGUACAUUAUCUCGCAAGCUAUAAAAAUUACUGUUUGGCCUGAAAAAUAUAUGUAAGCACUUGGCAACCUUAGCUUUAAUUAUAAGAGGUCAUCAGAUUUAAAGACUAAUUUGGAAUAUGCCAUAAUCACAUUGAGAAUGAAGCGAAAAACGUACAGAUUUUUCAUGCAUUUUAGUAAAAAUUAAGCCUCGCAAACAAUACAGUAAAUCAUGUUGGACAUUUAGAUUGUAUUUUGGACUUCAAAGAACUAUUUUAUUCAAGGACGAUCUGUUUUAUAUACAACCAUGACUACCUAAUAUUGAGAUAAAGAACGAGUGGUUAUACAUAUCAUGAUAAGAAAUUAAAAUGGAGGUCAACUUUAAGUAUUUCACACCCGAUGAUGGAUUCUAUACAGUGGGAUGACGUCUUAUUACAAAUAGUACUAAAAAGUCAAAGUAUUGGGAAAUAUCUGAAUUUAUAAUAGAUGUUAGACUCAAUAUUUACAUUUUAACCACUUUCUCUCGUUCUAAGUUGAACAAUAAUUAAAUCUAAUUAAUCGAAGAUGACACUUUGUGUAUAUAGUUAAAACAAAUCGAAUUAUUAAACAGGAAAGGACUAUAGGAGCCUCCAGAUAGAACAUCGCUCAAUAAAGUUUUGGAUUGGUUUGACCC